GCGUGGCACGAUGGCAGAUGACACGGUGUCAGCCAGUAGUAACAUGGACAUGGAGGACCGGGUUUCACACCUGGAGCAGAAGCUGCAGCUGCAGGAGGAUGAGAUCCAGCUGCUGAAAUCAGCUCUGGCGGAUGCCCUGCGCCGACUGGGGUACUGUGAGGAGCAGAGCCUGGGGAUGCAACCGGGAGGCGUCCAUGCUGCAGGCAGGAGACCUCUGGCCACCAAAGCUUCAGCACCACCUACCAAGGUGCGUCAGCUCCUGCAGGCUCUUCCCUCCAGGCCUCUGAGUAACGGCUACGUUCAACAGAAACGCCUCCUCUCCUCCCCUUCCUCUCCUAAGAAGGAGGUGCUACAGUCCAUCAAGAGGAAGAGUAUGUCCACAGAGCGUCUCACCCUGGUGAGGAGAGAGAUGGGAGCAGAGAGUCGAAGUCGAACCACCUCCUCCAGCAGCUCCUCUGGAGGCAAAAGUAAAUCCAAAGAAUGCACCCUCAAUGCAGAGGACGGCUACGUGAGGAUGUUCCUCCGAGGUCGCCCCGUCACCAUGCACAUCCCUGACCAGCAGAGGGAGAGCUUCAGCCUCGACCAAAAGGUGGCGCUACCUGACCGCAAGCUCAAACUGCAGUGGGUGUACGGCUACCGUGGACGAGACUGCCGCUCCAACCUCUACCUGCUGCCCACAGGCGAGAUCGUCUACUUCAACGCCUCCGUGGUGGUGCUGUACAACACCGAGGAGCAGCAGCAGAGACAUUACCUGGGCCACAACGACGAUGUCAAAUGCCUGAGUGUGCAUCCUGACAUGGUUACCAUAGCAACGGGACAAGUGGCUGGAAACUCUAAAGAUGGAAAGCUGCUGGCUCCUCAUGUUCGUGUUUGGGACUCUGUGAGCCUCAACACGCUCCAUGUGAUCGGGAUGGGAGUGUUCGACAGAGCCGUCACCUGUGUGGCUUUCUCCAAGUCGAAUGGCGGCACCUAUCUCUGCGCUGUGGAUGAUGCCAACGAUCACAUCCUGUCGGUCUGGAACUGGCAGAAGGAGAAGCAACUGGCUGAUGUCAAGUGCUCCAAUGACUCUGUACUGGCUGCUGUGUUUCAUCCCAUGGAUGCCAACCUGGUUGUCACCUGUGGAAAAUCUCACCUCAACUUCUGGACCAUGGAGGGCAACACUCUCACCAAGAGACAGGGCCUGUUUGAGAAACAUGAGAAGCCAAAGUAUGUGUUGUGUGUAGCGUUUGCUGAGAACGGAGACGCCAUCACAGGAGACUCCAGUGGAAACAUCUACGUCUGGGCCAAAGGUGGUAACCGCAUCAGCCACCAGGUGUCUGGGGCCCACGAGGGCGGGAUCUUCUCUGUUUGUGUCCUGAAGGACGGCACCAUGGUGUCUGGAGGAGGGAAAGACCGCAAGGUGGUGCUGUGGGGCCACGACUACAGAAAACAGGCUGAGAUGGAGGUGGGAGAGUCAUUUGGUCCUGUGCGAGCUCUGGCUGAAGGGAAACCCGGAGAGCUCUUUGUAGGAACCACCAAGAACGCCAUCAUCAGAGCCGCCUUCCCUGAUACAUUAACUCCUAUUGUACAGGGUCACACAGAUGAGCUGUGGGGUCUGGACAUCCAUCCUUCUAUGGAGCAGUUCGUCACCUGCUCCCAGGACAGACAGGUUCACCUCUGGGACACCAACUCCCAUCAACCCCUCUGGAGCAAGACCAUCGAGGACCCGGGGAGGUGUGCUGGUUUCCAUCCCAGCGGGGCUGUUCUAGCUGUGGGGACCAUGACUGGAAGAUGGUUGGUGCUGGACACUGACACCCGGGAUCUUGUUUCUAUGCACACAGACGGCAAUGAGAUCAUUUCCAACAUCAAGUACUCUCCAGAUGGUAACUUCCUGGCUGUUGCUUCCCACGACAACUUUGUUUACAUCUAUGCUGUGACUGAGAAUGGCCGAAAGUACAGCCGUGUGGGGAAAUGCACUGGCCACUCCAGCUUUGUCACCCAUCUGGACUGGUCCGCAGACAGCCAGUACCUCGUCACCAACUCAGGAGACUACGAGAUCCUCUUCUGGGAGGCAUCCAGUGGUAAACAUGUGACUAACAUGGACACAGUGCGCAACCUGGAGUGGGCCACUUCCACCUGCACUCUGGGCUUCAACACCUUUGGAAUUUGGCCAGAUGGAGCAGACGGCACAGACAUCAACGCCGUGUGCAGGUCACAUGACGGAUCCCUGUUGACUUCUGCUGAUGACUUUGGCAAAGUGCACUUGUUCUCCUUCCCCUGCUCUCAACCAAGGGCUCCGAGCCACGAGUACGGUGGCCACAGCAGUCACGUGACCAACGUUGCCUUCCUGCACGAUGACAGUCUCCUGAUCUCCACCGGUGGGAAAGACACCAGCAUCCUGCAGUGGGUGGUCGCCUAAGCAAUGCUAUCCAACCACAUCUCUAAUCCCCACAGUCGGGGACCAGCAUCCUCUCCAACCCCUGUCACCUUUUCACUGUUUUAUCCUCCUGCCAGCAGGGGGCAGUAUCUCCUCUGUGCCUACUGAAAAUAAAAAAUAAAACACACACACACACGCACACACACACACACACACACACACACACACACACACACACACACACACAACUUGACCGACCCACAGAUGUCAAACCAGAUGCGAUGAUGAGUAUCAUUGUAAUAAAUGGAAUAUUAUUUAGAGUCCUGCUGUUUGUAAUAGAAUGUAGAGAAAAUGAGAAAAAAAUGUUGCCGUGCAGGAAGUGAAUACUAACUGUUUCCCCCCCAAAAAAUCCACUACUGCAACACAACUACUGCUGGUGGUGACCACACAGUAUACCUGGGAUUUUAGCAUUAGUACUAACUGUGCCUAAACUGUGUUUAUCUUAACCCCCUUUAAUGGGAAUUCCACCUAUUUUAUAGGACAAGUAUGUUUGCAAGUUUAAGCUCCUUAAUUACAAAUCAUGUAUACUUUACAAUACAUUUACAGUGCAUGCUACACAUUUAUAAUUAUGAUUAUAUUUAUAUUUUGGGGUUUAAUAUUAGGGUCUUUUUCCUACCGUUCAGCAGCUAUUGGUUUCCAGUCAUUUCCACAAAGUAUGGAAAAAGCAUAUUCUUGAGGUGGAUAUGUUAAUACAGCCCAGACUUUUCAAAUCAGCCUGCACUAGAACAGCAUCACCGCCCCAACAGGAAUGUGAGAUUGAAAAUAAUGCAGAAUCGAUGUUCACUGUGAUUGAUUACUCAACUAAAAUAUUUUCUUGUAGAUUUUCUUAUCAUACAGAAUGCAUGGAAACCAGUGGAUGCUUAAAAAUAAAGAGGGAAAAUGUACUUAACUAUCUAUAAAACAGCAGCUUGGUUUGCAAAAAAAAAUUGUGAGCUUUGAUGUAAAGUAUACAUGAUUUGAGAUAAGAGGGUUAAAAUGUGAAAAUCAAAUGGCCCUUUUAAGAAUUCAUGUAAAUUCUGCCUCCCAGGAGCAUAGUCGAAUCUCGUGAACAUGCACCACUCUUUCCGGACGCCAGAAAUCACUGAGCUAGACCUAAAAACUUGUGACAAACGUGCAGUGCAGGGAUGUAGAAAGACAGAAUGUAACCUUGUGAAGGUGUCAGUCAUUGUUACUGUACAUUAUCUUCUUGCUUUAACAAAGAGUGGUGUAUGUUUGGAAGAACUGACCUGCAAAGGAAGAUUGUAUUAGAAUUCCUAAAAUGGGUGGUAUUCCCCUUUUAAAACAACUAUAACCCCAUUGCCUUGUUAUCUUACACUUUUCCAUCCCAUAACCCGAUUUCCAAACUCUUAAGUAGAAGUAGUAGUACUCCUAACAAGUAUUACAGAUUGCUGUUUGAGAUUGUAAAUGGUACAAAGCGGCUGUUUUGUCCCAAGCCUCUCAUUUUGCCCCCUCCCCUCUGGACUACUGUGUUUCUGAUUGUACUACUACUGUAACUGUGCUGAGAUGGCACUAGAUGGCGCUACAAUGCAAGAAAAUGAGCAUGACCGAGGCUACCCGCCUUCUGUAGAUGCUGUUAAUGUCGCAAAGGUCUAUAGAGUAAAUAUAUGUAUUAUGCAUUAUAUCCGAGUGGCUGUGUUAUUUUAAUAUUUAACUGUAACAAUGAUGGAUGUUAUUAUUAUUCUUGUGGCACUUUUAGCGAUUGGCAGAAGGGUGAUGUAGGCUGCUGUGCUGUGGAAGUGAGCUUAAGCUGUGCUUUGCCUUCUGUUUUGUUAAUAAAGUUUUUACCCAAGUACUA